CGACGUGCGUCCAUAUCCACCGAAAAUUUCCUGGGCUCUGUCAGGAGGAUUAACACACGAAAAAGCAGAAGCGUCGGCGGUCGAAUUAUUUCUUCGCAACUCUGUCUCCCUCCGCCAGAGGCUGAGAGCAGCUCGACCCACCAGCCGUCUGCUGUGGAGGCAGGCGGCGGCCAAGUUUAGUUUAAAAUAGCGACCAUUCCAAUUUCAUCGCCGCGCCGAAUCGUAUCUUGGGUACCAUAAUUUUUCUUUUUGAAUUGAAGUGGCGCAAAUGGCGUUCUCUCUGGUAUCUCCAUCUUCUUCUCCACCCUAUCCUCACGGCCUCACAAUCGCAUUCCCGCCGAGAAAUCUCAUCCUCUGCUCCUUCCCUCACUCUCUCUCUUCCCCUACUUUCUCUCCCAAUUCCCCCUAUGCGUCUUCUCUAUAUGCCCGUGCCUUAUCGUCCCGUUCCUCCUCCUCCUCCGCCUCGCCCGCCACCGUCUUCGUUUCCUCUUGCGAUUUCGCCCCAAGCCACGGCUGUCGAUCUCACUCUAUGGGCAAAUCCAUAGAUGGGUGUUCCAGGCGCAGGGUUGCUGCUUCUUUCGGCAUGGGAGGGGAAUUAGAAGGUAGAAGUGGGGAAGAAGGUGAAGAUGAGGAGGACCCACCUGCCGCUGCCCACGACGAUGAUGAAGAGGAUGAGGAAGAAGUGGAGGAAAUGGGAGGGAUAAGUCCAACUUCUGUUCUCCCUGAGAAAUGGGAUGUUCUGGGUCUUGGUCAGGCCAUGGUUGACUUCUCUGGCAUAGUGGAUGAUGAUUUUUUGGAUAGAUUGGGAUUGGAGAAAGGAACCAGGAAGGUUGUCGAUCAUGAGGAGAGGGGUAGGGUUUUGCAGGCUAUGGACGGUUGCAGCUACAAAGCAGCUGCUGGUGGAUCUCUAUCUAAUAGUCUUGUGGCGUUAGCGAGGCUUGGCUGUAAGCCAAUUGGAGGCCCUCCUUUGAACAUAGCUAUGGCGGGCAGCAUAGGGAGCGAUCCACUGGGUGGCUUCUACAGAUCAAAAUUGCGUCGGGCAAAUGUGAAUUUUCUUUCUGAACCUGUCAAGGAUGGCACUACAGGCACUGUUAUAGUUCUUACAACUCCAGAUGCUCAACGAACUAUGCUUGCAUACCAGGGUACAUCGGCAAAAGUAGACUAUGAUCAAAGCUUGGCCAGCAUAGUUUCGAAGACGAGUAUCUUGGUAGUGGAAGGUUAUUUGUUUGAAUUUCCUGAUACCAUCCAAACAAUCAGGAAGGCAUGUGAAGAAGCACGCAAGAGUGGUGCACUAGUUGCAGUUACAGCAUCAGAUGUAUCUUGCAUCGAGAGACACUAUGAUGAUUUUUGGGAAAUCGUGGGGAACUGUGCUGACGUCCUCUUUGCCAACAGUGACGAAGCAAGGUCCCUCUGCGAUUUCGACAACAAAGAAAGCACCAUUGCUGCCACGAGAUACCUUAGCCACUUCGUCCCUCUAGUCUCAGUCACAGACGGGCCAAGAGGGUCUUACAUUGGCGUCAAAGGAGAAGCUGUGUUCAUCCCACCUUCCCAAUGCGUGCCUCUGGACACCUGUGGUGCUGGGGAUGCAUAUGCUUCCGGAAUCUUAUACGGAAUCCUAAGAGGCGUAUCGGAUCUAAAAGGGAUGGGUACUUUAGCGGCCAAAGUGGCGGCCACUGUAGUCUCACAGCAAGGCACCAGGCUUAGAGUUCAUGACGCAGUUAAGCUAGCAGAGUCGUUUGCUUUCCAUUUGGAGUCGUCCAAUGUUGGAUCGGAUGUGAGCAACAACGACCACAUCUCUUUGUAACCCUUCAGUUGUUCAUACUGAUAGACCUUACAUGUAGACUCUGAUCUGUGUAUAAGAAAGGAAUUGUCCGACCUUUCACUAUGACACUGUCCAUUAAAUUUUGCCAAAGCAUUUAUACUGGAAAGGUGUUCCAUAAGGGUAAGUGCAGUUGUUCAUCAAUAAGGAAGGCGGCAAAGGUGGUCGUGUUGUGUCUGGACUAAAUAGUGUCAAGAAUUCAUUGGUAAAGAGUGCUCCAUUAGUGAAUUGCUAGUUUUCCAG